AUGAUUAUGUCUUUAGAACUGGGCCUGUUCGUGCUGUUGCUUCUUUAUAUGGCCGUCACAGCACUGUACAGACUUACCCUGCACCCUCUGUCUCACAUCCCAGGGCCAAGAAUUGCAGCUGUGACACAGCUAUACCAGACAUUCUACUGCUAUUACGGAAACAAAAGCCGCUUCUAUCAGCAAGUCGACCGUCUGCACGCCAAAUAUGGGCCAGUGGUCCGUAUCACCCCAGACGAGAUAUCUCUGAACGACCCAGAAAACUACAGCAAGAUAUACCACGUCGGAACAAAGUAUUGGAAGGCGCCCGAGUAUUAUCGCGUCUUUGGUGCACCAGCUGCAUUCUUCACUACGGUGGGAAAUAGACUUCAUUCUAUCCGUCGUGCCCCUUUGAACACAUUCUUCUCUCGCAAGAGCGUCGUGAACUUGGAGCCUCUGGUACAACAAAAGGCUCGUGUGCUUAUCGCUAGACUUCAAAACGACCUAGAUUGUGCUGGGGAUAGAACUUGCGGUACCGUUCAGCUCCAUAAUCUUUUCAGCGCCCUGAGUAUUGAUGUGGCCAGCGAUUAUUCCUUCCACGACUGCUAUGGCCUUUUGGAAACGGAGGGAGGCGGCCAUGACUUCUCGUCCAUGGUGCGAGGGGUUCUCAAGUCAUUUUGGUUCUUUAUGCAGUUUGAAACAAUCGAGAAUUUGGCGCUGCGGCUUCCUUCUUGGGUCUCGUCGGCUUUAAGUCCAGCGUUAAGAAGAUACAACACCAUGGUUGAGGGAACUCGGCGUAACGUUACUACCGUCAAGGCUCAGGUCGAAGGCGGACACGAAAAACCGCUCCGAAGGUCCAUCUUCCAUGAGCUCCUGGAGUCGGAUGCGCCGCCCAGUGUCGACGACAUGACAGAUAUUGCGUUGACCAUCAUUGUAGCGGCUGCUGCCGCGACCGGCAAUGCACUGUCCAUCAUGGCUUUCUAUGUCAUCAGCGAUGCAGAGAUUUACCAAAAGUUGCACUCGGAGCUGGUAGACACGUUCCCAGAGGACAAGCCCGACAUGAGCUGGUCUGUAUUGGAGAAGCUCCCUUACCUGGCUGCCGUGGUAAAAGAAAGCUUACGGCUCUCUUAUGGAGUCAUUGGGAGGCUACCUCGGAUUGUUCCCGAAUCUGGCGCGGAGUUCAAUGGCUAUUUCAUCCCGCCUGGGACCACAGUGGGCAUGUCAAGCUGGACGAUGCAUCGUUCUCCGGCAAUCUUCCCCGAGCCUAAUAAGUUCGAUCCAGGACGCUGGCUCGAUCCAGCCGAGUCAAAUCGGCUCCAACGUUAUUUAGUAUCGUUUGGCAAAGACAGCCGCCAGUGCAUUGGAAUGCCACUGGCAUAUUGCGAGUUAUACGUUACUGCAGCGGCCCUGUUCCGCACAUUUGGAGACCUGGAGAUUGUCGAUACCCAGGUCAGUGAUCUGGUAUUCGAUGACUACUUCUCAGGCUAUCAUCCAGAACAUGCGACACCUUUGCGGGUCGCACGACGAAGAUAG